CCUGCUGGUUCUAACAGAGACCUUUCGUAUAGCUAAGGACAACUCAGCUAGUCACGCCUUGUCACCUACGAAUGGCGGUAUCGCAGAAGGACAAUCUAAGUGUUAAAAGUGAACUGUGUACCUACGGAAAACUUCAAUAGCGCCUUCUGUCAGCAACAGGUCUUUAUGAGUUUCUGUGGUUCAAUGACAGACCUUGCAAGGGUUUAAACCCACUAGUGCCAGACUGCCUUCCUUUCUUUGAACCAGUUGAAGAGGUGGGAAGGGUGAGAGCAGAGAGGGGUGUGGUAAGACAGGGAAAGGGAGGUGGAGUCCUCCAACGAAGGAGGAAGCAUCCAUUUCACAUCAGCAUCCCUGAGAGCGUGUGAAGACGCAGCGCCUGUAGGGACAGGGACACUGGCAGCGGCCCAGGGAUGUGGGAAGGGGAUGGCAUUUAAUGUUGCAUAAGCAAUGUGGGUUUCAGUUGGCAGUGUGCUCCACCCCAUUCCACAAUGCGAUUCGACUGCCACAAACAACUAUUUUGAGCUACGUGAACAGAAGCAUAGGAGGUAGAAAGUGGUGGAGCCUCUCCUCUGUGCAUUUGACAGGCCACCCUUCCGCCCUGUAUCACAUUUAAGAGCGCUCAAGACAAGCAGGGAUGAAUCCUGGACAGUCCUUCAGCACGCUGGUGGCUUUCUAGAAGAUGACCAUAGAAGACCUUCCAGAUUUUCCAUUAGAAGGAAAUCCUUUGCUUGGAAGAUACCCAUUUUUAUUUUCAGGUUCUGAAACACCAGUUAUCUUUUCCAUUUCUGCAGCACCAAUGCCUUCAGACUGUGAGUUUUCUUUCUUUGAUCCUAAUGAUGCAUCAUGCCAAGAAAUUCUCUUUGAUCCCAAAACUUCAGUUUCAGAAUUAUUUGCCAUCUUAAGACAGUGGGUUCCUCAGGUCCAACAAAACAUUGACAUUAUUGGAAAUGAGAUUCUUAAAAGAGGUUGCAAUGUGAAUGACAGAGAUGGACUGACAGAUAUGACUCUCUUGCAUUAUACUUGCAAGUCUGGAGCUCACGGUAUUGGUGAUGUUGAGACAGCUGUGAAAUUUGCAUCUCAGCUUAUUGAUCUGGGAGCAGACGUUAGCUUGCGGAGUCGCUGGACAAAUAUGAACGCUCUGCAUUAUGCUGCUUAUUUUGAUGUCCCGGAAGUCAUAAGCGUGAUUUUGAAGACAUCAAAACCAAAAGAUGUGGAUGCCACUUGCAGUGACUUUAAUUUUGGAACGGCUCUGCAUAUCGCAGCAUAUAACUUGUGUGCAGGUGCUGUAAAAUGCUUACUGGAGCACGGAGCAAACCCUGCAUUUAGGAAUGACAAAGGACAGAUCCCUGCCGAUGUGGUUCCAGACCCAGUGGAUUUGCCAUUAGAAAUGGCCGAUGCUGCAGCAACUGCUAAGGAAAUCAAGCAGAUGCUGCUAGACACUGUGCCUCUGCCUUGUAGCCGCUCCAAGGCCAUGCUUCCAAACUGUGACCAUAUGACUGGCAAGACAAUGCUUUCAUCUCUUGGUCUGAAGUUGGGGGAUCGUGUUGUCAUUGCCGGGCAGAAGGUUGGGACACUACGAUUUUGUGGAACAACUGAAUUUGCAAGUGGUCAGUGGGCUGGCAUUGAAUUAGAUGAACCAGAAGGAAAAAACAAUGGAAGCGUUGGAAAAGUCCAGUACUUUAAAUGUGCCCCAAAAUAUGGUAUUUUUGCCCCUCUUUCAAAGAUAAGUAAAGCAAAAGAACGAAGGAAGAAUAUAGCACACCCUCCUUCCUCAAAAACCACGCCUCCCACCAAGCCCCAGAAAGCUGACACAGCUCACAUCGUGUCAAAGCUGAACACUGGAUUGAUGACAUCAAAAAAGAAUAGUAUUUCUGAAUCAGCACUUUCAUUGCCUCCUAGUGAAGAAUUGAAAACUGCAGCAGAGAAAGAUGUCACCCUGCCUGGAUCCAUCAGCAGCUCCUCCUCUACGUCUUCUUUGGAGCACAAACAGAGCUACACUAAGAAACCAAACGCAAGCAGCAAGAAGACCAUGAGCAAAAGCUCUUCUCUAUCAUCCAGAGCCAGUGCUGGUUUGAAUUCCUCAGCAACAUCUAUAGCAAAUAACACCCAUCGUGAAGGAGAGCUCCGCCUUGGAGACCGAGUGUUGGUGGUGGGCCAGAGAGUCGGAACCAUUAAGUUCUUUGGAACAACAAAUUUUGCUCCAGGGUAUUGGUACGGUAUAGAGCUUGAAAAGCCCCAUGGCAAGAAUGAUGGUUCAGUCGGAGGUGUGCAGUAUUUUAGUUGUUCUCCAAGAUAUGGAAUAUUUGCUCCCCCGUCCAGGGUGCAAAGACUAACAGAUUCCCUGGAUACGCUUUCAGAAAUUUCUUCAAACAAACAGAAUCAUUCUUAUCCUGGUUUGAGGAGAAGUUUUAGCACAACUUCUGCUUCUUCCCAAAAAGAGAUUAACAGGAGAAAUGCUUUUGCCAAGUCGAAGACCGCCCUGCGCCGCAGCUGGAGCAGCGCCACCUCUGCAGGCGGCCUGGAGAGCAGCGUGAAGCUGCACGACGGCUCGCAGGUCUUGCUCACGAGCUCUAAUGAGAUGGGGACCGUGAGGUACGUGGGCCCCACGGACUUCGCGUCGGGGAUAUGGCUUGGACUGGAGCUGCGAAGCGCCAAGGGGAGAAACGAUGGCGCGGUGGGUGACAAGCGCUAUUUCACCUGCAAGCCGAACCACGGAGUUUUGGUGAGGCCAAGUAGAGUCACCUACCGGGGAAUUAAUGGGUCAAAGCUUGUAGAUGAGAAUUAUUAAAGUUCUGAAAUAGUCGAUGAGCGCUCCCCCCCCCCCGUCUCUCAUACGUGGUAUAAAGUAGAGCUCAAGACAGAUGGUUUAUUUGGCCAGUAUUUAAGCUUUGAAAAUGCAAUAUAGUUAUCUUCACAGAAACUGUUGUAACAGUUCAGGGAGAUACCUUUAAAAGGCCACAAGUAUGAACUCUGGGGAAUCAUGGCUCUUUUAAAAACGAUUUCAAAAUAAGCAAAUUUAUAAGGCUUCUGAAGCUUUAGUUCCCAAGGAAACUCUAGGACUCAUAAAAAAAAAGUGCCAUUAGGUGGUUAACUGAUGCAUUACUUUACUCACUGUGUUUCCGUUUUGCACAUAAUGUAUUCUUCCUAGUGCCAUAAUUGUCAGGUUUGUUUCAUCAGCUUUGGUGAACAUAAUGUUCGCAUGACCUCUUUCUGUUCCAUGUUUUUAAAAUUUUUCUUCGUGUGUUUAUUACUAAUAAGUACCCUGAGAGUGUACUGGUGGUAUUUUUGGUACGGUCACUUGCUGUUUUGUGAACGGCUCAUGUGAAGGCGCUUUGGCACACGGGAGGUGGAUGAACUCGGGGAUGUCUGGCUCUGCUUCUGGCCCAGGCCAAAUAGUGAAAGGGAGUCUGGGUUAGCCAGGACCACUAACUAGUCGGGUAGCGAGAUCAGAAAGAAGGUGGGUCUCCUGACCCGUGGCUCAGCGCUCUUUCCUCUACAUAAAGUAUGUAACUGAGAUUUUUCUUCUGCUGCUUACCUGCUGCAUCUGUACAAUAUAAAUACAAAAAGCCCAUGAUCAAGGUUUACAAAUUCAAGUCAGAACCUUUGCACACACUUACUUAGCUUCUUUAGUAGACAUAUUUGUAACACACCGCACUUUCAAACAUGAUGCACUUUCAUAUUUGUGGAGAAUUUGCCACCCUUUCCCCCUGGAAUUUGAAAAACAUGUUUAAAAAUGUAUUUGACAAGAGAACAGAGUAAGAUGUGGUGGGAAGGAUGCGUUAGUCUUGCGUGCAGAUGUGUGUGGUUUCUGGGCUCCUUGUUCUGUUGCUCAUGCUGCUGGAGGUGCGUUUCCAGGGGCUGCAGAGGCGGCCUGCGACAGAGGAGCAGAGCCAGGCUGUCGUCAUUUCCCUCCGGCCCAUUUGCUAAGCUAAGCUUUAUGAAACGGCGAUGUGAUAAUGACACACUUCUGUCUUGUGGAAAUGUAGUGAAGUUUCUGUCCUAUAUGUGUAAAGAUUUAUCUUUUAUUGUAAAUAUUUAGACUUUGCCACAGAAAUGUUGGAAGAGUUUGCUUUAUAAGACUAAAAGUAUCCUUCAGAAUGGAGCUUGCUUUGUGCUUAGAAAUAUAUGCUAAGCUAUUUUGCAAUAUACUGUUUUAAAUCUAAAUUCUGUCACUCUGUUGCCUUUUUUUAAAAUGGUGUUUCAAAUACUGCCGAAGUUAUUUUCCUGAAUACAUUUGCAAAAUAAGGCUGCUUUAUAAUCAAGGAAUAUUUUUAUUGAUUGAAAAAAAUGACUGUGCUGCAAUUAAAAAGUAAACUUAUUUUAUUAUAUAAAUUCUUUCUUAAAACUCUAUUUAUACCUUACCAUGAAAUCCAUGAGUAAAAUGAACUUGGGUGUCCAUAAUUCUUUCUGUUAAAUAUGAAAUAUUAUAAGUUAAAAGCAGUAAUGCCGACUGAAUUUAUUUUUGAGGUCAAAGAGCCAAUUGUUCUCUUUAUGUUUAGAUUAGGUUUAUUAAAGCCGUAUAGGAUUCAUGCUUCAUAUACUAUACAUACAAAUUAGAUGUUUUCAUCUG